AUGUUACACAACAAUUUCCCACGAAACAUUUUCCAACUGGAGCGUCGCAUGUGCAAAUGUAGAGUGCAAUGGACACCUGUCACUGAGGUCUGGCCCAGUGUCUUCAUUGGAAAUGAAGAGACAGCAAUGGACCGAGUCAAACUGAAGGAGAUGGGUAUUACUCACAUCCUGAACACUGUAGCAUACAAGGAAUAUCUACAAGGAAAGAUCGAUACAAAGGCGGAAUAUUAUCAAGAAAUGAACAUCACUUACUACGGUGUGCUUGUAAUGGAUGAACACAGGUUUGACAUCAGCAAGGACUUAUUCCCAGCGUCAGAAUUCAUCCACAAGGCCCUGAGUAACACAGAAAAUAGGUUGUUAGUGCACUGCAUAGAUGGUGUCAGCCGCUCUGCCACAUUUUUUCUGGCAUACCUGAUGAUCCACCAUGAAAUGUUGUUGGAGGAUGCCAUUGACCACGUCAUAGACAAGAGAUGGAUCAGGCCAAACAGGGACUUCUUGAAGCAGCUGAUAACCCUCAAUUCAAACCUCGUAACACAGCGGAAACUACAGCUAAGAAAACAGAUAAACACAGAUAAAACAAAAAACGGAGAGGAGCCAGUUGCACAGCCUGUUCCAGAACCAUUGUGUGAGCCAGGUCCAAGCAUACCUAAACCAGAACCUCAAGUGACAAAAGAGCUUGCAGCGUUAGAAAGUCAUGUCUCUCAAAGCCUCCUUCAACUUCAGGAUCGCCUGGAUGAAUGUACAUUGGACUGCACACCUGUCACUGAGGUCUGGCCCAGUGUCUUCAUUGGAAAUGAAGAGACAGCAAGAAACCGAGCCAAACUGAAAGGGAUGGGUAUUACCCACAUCCUGAAUGCUGCGGCAGUGGAGAAGAGCUUGAAGAUCUCGUUUGAAAUUCCAAGCAAGAACAGCCUAAAAGGAAAGGUCAAUACAGGAGUGGCAUAUUACCAAGGCAGGAGCCUCAAUUACUAUGAUGUGCCUGCAGUAGACAAAUGCUCGUUUAAAGUCAGCGAGUACUUCUUCCCAGCUGCACAGUUCAUUCACCAGGCCCUGAGUAACCCAGAGAAUAAGGUGUUGGUGCACUGCAAAAGGGGUAUCAGUCGUUCUGCCACACUUUUUCUGGCAUACCUGAUGAUUCACCAUGACAUGAUGGUGGAGGAUGCCAUUGACCACGUCAUAGAGGUGAGACGCAUCCGGCCCAACAUAGGCUUCUUGAAGCAACUGACAAUCCUCAAUUCAAACCUCAAAA